UCGGUGGGCGGGGUCCGGGGCGAGGUCCCGCGGGCCGCUGGGAGUGGCGGCUUCGGUGCUCACCGAGCGCCGGCGGAUCGCGGGUGGAGGGCUGGGGCCGGACGGCGGAGUGUGAGCUGCGGCGCAGAUUGUUUCAGAGACCCAACUGUUGCAUAAAGCAAGGUGCCCUCUUGCAUUGCUCUGCAUGGGGUGGAUGCUCAGUAAAUUGUGCCAGGCUGCCUGAUGUCAUGUGGCCUGUGCUUUGGACCGUGGUGCGUACCUAUGCUCCCUAUGUCACCUUUCCCGUGGCCUUCGUGGUUGGGGCUGUGGGCUACCACCUGGAAUGGUUCAUCCGGGGGAAGGAUCCCCAGCCUGUGGAGGAGGAGAAGAGCAUCUCGGAGCGCCGGGAGGACCGCAAGCUGGAUGAGCUGCUAGGCAAGGACCACACCCAGGUCGUGAGCCUUAAGGACAAGCUGGAAUUUGCCCCUAAAGCUGUCCUGAACAGAAACCGCCCGGAGAAGAAUUAAUGGAGGACACAGGGCCCUAUGGGUCCUUCUGGGGGCCAGGACUGGUCCCGCCACCAUGUCGACCCAGCAACCAGAACCCACAUCUGAUUUGCUUUAUUGCUUCUUCUGGCCCCUCCCGCCCCACACAGCCACACACAUACUGGCUGCUCUGCUAUGGCCAGGCAGACACACUAGUAGCUGAGGGCCCAGUGAAGAGGAAGGCCCGUGAGGGUUCUGGCCUGAAGGCUGCCUCUGCUGGAUGGUGGCCACAGCUGCUCAGGCUUCUGCGCUGCUAGGUGCACCCCUGGGAGGACAGUGAUGAAAUGAACAUUGGCUGUCAGUCCCUGUGGGGAGGCAGUUUGGCCUCAGGUGGGAGUGGCUGGGAUUGGGGUGAUGCCUUUAGGAGGGAUACCUACAUGCCUAGUUCUAGUUUGCACUGGGAAGAGUUCAGAAAUCUCCCUGGCUCCCUUCACUAGCUUGCUCUGUCCUUUGUGCUCAUUCUCCCUGAAAUCCUGUCCGCUCAGGAAGGGGAUUCCCCUGGGAAGGAAAGCAGUUUUCUGUUCUUGGGAGCCCCGGCUGUUCACCUUCGGGCAGGUGAAUUUGCUUGAAAACAGUCACCGUCUUUCACCCCCCACCCUGUCACUGUGUAGUGCAAAACUUGAUUAAAGUGGCGUCUGAGAACCAUUUUGAUCUAAUCCUGUCUUCCAGGUGGUGCUGGGGUCUCCUGGGAGCUAUGCAAAGCAGGCAUCUCCGGGUAGGAUAAAAUUGGCCUUUAACUAAGGACUUUGGGGCCCUGGAAGCUUUGUUUUACUAGCGUGGCUGCAUUGGAUCCUGGAGGCGGUGAGUCCUGGAGGCGCAGGUUCCCAAGGGCCUUUUUAUCGUGAUGACAUGAGGCUUAUAUACUUUCAAAGUCUACAUUAAGAGUAGACCAGGGAGCUUAACAAUUGCUAUCAAAUUUUCCAACUUCACACACACAUGCACACAUACUUUUCCCUAUAAAAGUAGUAUGUGUACAUUAAAUUUGGUAGGGGUUUAAAAAAGGUUACCCACACUCUGAGGGCUCUAGUACAGAUAAAAUGUUAACAUUUUGGUAUCUUUCACAUUCUUGGACUAGUUUUUUUAGAUACUUAUUACUGUACAUUUAAUUUUAUAUUCUUUUUUUACAGAGUGUUUCAUAUCGUCAUCACUUUCCUAUCUUAUCACAUGGUCUUCAUAAUCCUAAUUGUUUUCAUUAGCUGUAUAAUUGCCCAUCAAGUGGGAAUAUAGCAUAGUUUGUUUUUAACAGUUUCCCUAUUGCUGGACAUUUGGGUUGUUUCUAGUCGUUCACUAGGAGAAAUACUGCAAAGAGUAUCUUAUAUAAGGAUUUUCCUGCAUUUUUGGACUAAAUGGUAGGAACAGUAAAUGGCAUUUUGGAGAUUAA